AUGGGAUCUUCCCUAGGAUUUCUCAUGAAGAAUCGUUUCAAGGGGCUUGGAAUAUUCAGAAGCAAGAAUUUCAUGGUGAUAAGCAGUCUGUUGCCUGUGUAUGAUCCUAUUUGUUCUCUAAUUGAGCAUUCGAGGGAUCUAGAUGCAAUUGAGGUUCAAGAGGUGGUUGCCUCAUUGAAGAGCUUUGCACAAAGGUUGGAGAGACAUCAUGAGAACAAGACUGAGAAGGCUUUUGCUAGUCUGAGUGUAGAUUCCUAA